AUGCCGAAUGCAUUCAUUCAAAAAUAUCUUAUUUCUGAUAAGAUCAGUCUGAAAAGAGAACAAACAUGUUACGAGCAACAUAGGGAGAUUGCAACGUUGGAAGAAGAUGUAAUUAUAAAUCUUAAACCACAACGCUUUAAUAAUCAAUCUGUUCAUUCUCACCAUCAAGAAUAUUAUUCAUAUCAUAUUUUUGUAUUUGGAGAUUUAUUGGCCACCAAUGCAUUACAACAACCAAAAACAAUAGUAGAUCCAUGGAUUGUAGAUGAUCGAUUAUGGUUGUAUCAAGCCAUUUUAAAUGGUACACAUGUACCAACACUAUUUGGUAAUGAUAAUAAGGGCAAUUAUUUAUAUGGCUUGGAUAUCCAGAUGGGCUGGCAAUUUCAAUCGGGUCGUCUCAACGAUCACCAACAACAGGCUAUUCCACUGACCGCAUGGUGGGGUGACAUGAACUACUAUCUCUCUGUCAUCCCUUAUUUGGGUGCGCUACGAGUUGGACUAGUCCCACAAGUCACCAUUACAUGGCCAUCUAUCAACUCGACCAAUAUCGCUGGUAAAUUCUGCACCAACUAUGUAUUAUGUUCAAGUAAUGUAAAGGAUAUAGUUGAUGAUUGGGUCGACUAUUUCACUCUAAUUCAACAGUUUCAACAGACUCCACCGACCAACUUGACAACUGCCAAAACUCAAUUAUUGACAGUCAUGUGGAAAGCACAUACUUCAUCGAUCGAGUAUGCUGCCACUAUGUUUCCAAGCGAACUUGCAUUACUCGGUUCGAAAGAAUCCAAGUUUGGUAAUGGGUGGGGUAAUUUUGUAGAGGUGUUGGCCAUCAUCCAAUUUGAAACCAAUUUUACUCAAGUAACAGAAUUCUCUACUUCUCUUCCACCACGUCGUCUUCGAUUCUUUGACAUACCGCCAUUCAUUGUCGAUAUGACCAAAGAACAAAACAACGUGGUUGCCAGUAUCCUCGGAGUCAAUGAAAUGGUCACCAAGUUGCCUCUUGUCUGGUCAGCCUUUUUAGAGACACUCAAAUUAAUGAUGAAAAAUCCUCAAUGUCAAACUCUCAUCUCUAAUGCCUUUCAAUCUUAUCUAUCAUCUCCAUUCUCAACUUUAAUUGAAACCUUUUUAGAAAUAUUAAAAGGUUUUGUAUUGCUAAUAGUAUUAUUAAUAAAGAGUGUCAAUGGAUUUAGAAGAGGUCAUAUGAUUGAUCAUUCAAUUUCCAGAGAUAGUAGUAUACCAAAUGAUAUAGAAAUAUGUAUUCAACCACCAAAAAGAGAUUCCGAAUUUGCCAAUAGAUUCGAUGAAAAGUCAGGCGAAGGAUUCUUGACAUGGAGUUUAAUUAACCAAUUUUACGAACGAUCAGGUGAUAUUCAAGAUUUAUUUGUAUCUCUUAAUCUUUGUAAUCCCGCUCUCAUGUCACAUUCAAUGUUAUUAUCUGUAUCACAUUUUUAUAUUCCAAAAAAUGAUGGCGAUCGUCAUCAACAAUAA